AUGUUCAACAGUAAAGAGUCCCCAGCGCCAGCCAUAGCACCCCACGGCGAAGAAAUAUGGUACAAAGUCAGCACCCCAGAAUACGACACGGUAGCCCACGAUCCCCUAGACCCUCCCAAGCGCUACCAUACCGGUAUCUUCGUCGAAACCGACCCGGAGACGUCCAAAGGAACGCAGUUCCACGUCACCGGCGACAUCAUCGCUGCGAGUGGCAUGCGGUUCGAAGUGAAAAACAACUACGUACCGGGAGAGACCAAAUAUUUUCACGGAACCACGGACAUUGGAUGGAUUCGCAAGGCGGAUUAUCCGAGAAUAAGACCUAUCUUGGAGGCUUUGCCUAGACCGACCAAACAGCAGGGCAUUGACUUUUGGAGCAAGGAUCCGAGAAGGCGGAAUAAGCUUACGUGGACGAAGGAGAAUGAGGAAGUUUAUGGGCCUGCCGAGCAGCGACGGCCGGUUAUGAAGUGUAAUGAAUGGACACAUCAGCUUGCGAUUCCGAAGUUGCGACAAGAAGGGAUCUUACAUACCUCACUUUGA